AUGACAUCUAGAAAUCUGACACAUGGUAAGGAGUCGUACAGUUCUUCAUCUUUGAAUGAACAAGACGACAGGCCCUUGUUGAAUCCAUUUUUGGCAAGUGAAGAAGAUAUCUCUUCAAAGUCUUCUUCACUCCACUAUAAAAAUGAGUACGGUCACGUUGAUUCUGGAUUAGGUUUCGAUAACAGUCGCCAAAUAUCAGAUUACGAUGGUUAUUACUCGAAAACAGAUAAUAACGAUAAUAACUUCAUCAAUAAUAGCAAUAAUGAAAGUGACAACACAAAUAGCAAUCUCACGCCUCCCGUAAUGAAUGUUCACCAGUCUGCAUCUUCUCUGAACUCUACAAAUGAUAUUCUUUCUCCUGCUGCCUUUGAUAGAUACCCUUUGAUUGGAUCGAGAGUAACGUCAGUCGCAAAUUUAGAUCCGUCCAAUCUUAACGGCAGCGUAUCUCCAUAUUCUCCGGGAAAUAGAUCUAAUUCAACUUUCUCGUCUGUCCUGAACCCUUUCAAUGCAGAACAAGAUUUUUCUCCAUUUGGCGGGUAUCCAACUUCUUCUUUCCCACUUUUACUAGAGGAUAAAGAAGAUGAUGACUAUUUACAUAAUCCUGACCCAGAGGAAGAAGCAAAAUUGGACAGACAAAGAUUCAUGGAAGACUUCAAACAUAUGAGUAAGAGAUCCUUUGCUGGUUUGGCUGGUAUCUUAUUCAUUUUCCUCCUCGGUAUAUUCAUAUUCAUCGUGCUACCUGCCAUUACAUAUUCAGGAGCCAUCUAUCAUAAUUCAACUCCAGACGUAACUACUAUCCUCAGUUUAUACUCAUAUCCUACAUUGCAGGCAGUCAGGACAAAUUUGGUGGACCCUGAUACCCCAGAAAGUGCAUAUUCAAGACAAGCUAAAGACGGUGAUUAUUGGAAAUUGGUCUUUUCUGAUGAAUUUAAUGCAGAAGGUAGAACUUUCUACAACGGUGAUGACCAAUUUUGGCAAGGUCCAGAUUUUAACUAUGCUGCCACAAAGGAUUUGGAAUGGUAUACUCCAGAUGCUAUCACCACUAAGGAUGGUACUUUAAAAUUAAGAAUGGAUGCCUUUAGAAGUCAUGACCUUUAUUAUAGAUCUGGUAUGUUACAAAGUUGGAAUAAAUUAUGUUUCACUGAAGGUAUAUUGGAAAUUUCUGCUCAAUUACCAAAUUACGGUAGUGUCUCGGGUCUAUGGCCUGGUCUUUGGACAAUGGGUAAUUUAGGUAGACCUGGUUACAUGGCUACCACUGAAGGUGUCUGGCCUUACAGUUAUGAUAGUUGUGAUGCGGGCAUUACACCAAACCAAAGUUCACCGGAUGGUAUUUCAUAUUUACCAGGACAAAGAUUAAGUGUUUGCACGUGUGAUGGCGAGGAUCACCCAAAUCAGGGUACUGGUAGAGGUGCUCCAGAAAUUGACGUUAUUGAAGGUGAAGUUGAUACCAAAUUAAAAGUUGGCCUUGCUUCUCAAUCCUUGCAAGUCGCUCCCUUUGAUAUUUGGUAUAUGCCAGAUUAUGAUUACAUAGAAAUUUACAACUUUUCCACAACCGUAAUGAACACAUAUGCUGGUGGUCCAUUCCAACAAGCUAUUUCCGCAGUUUCAACGCUUAACACAACAUGGUACGAGUUUGGUCCAGACGCUGGUUAUUUCCAAAAAUUUGCCAUUGAAUAUUUGAAUGACGAUGAUGAUGGCUAUGUUCGUUGGUUUGUGGGUGACACCCCAACAUUUACUUUGUACGCAAAUGCUUUACAUCCAAACGGUAACAUUGGGUGGAGACGUAUCAGUAAAGAGCCUAUGUCUAUGAUUAUCAACUUGGGUAUAUCGAACAAUUGGGCCUAUAUCGAUUGGCAAAUGAUUUUCUUCCCUGUUACCAUGUCUGUUGAUUAUGUCAGAAUUUAUCAACCUAACGAUUCUAUUUCAAUUACAUGUGAUCCUGCAGAUUAUCCAACUUAUGAUUACAUCAUCGAUCAUCCAAAGGCUUAUGAAAAUGUGAAUUACACGUCAUGGGAGGCUGCAGGGUAUGAUAUACCCAAAAACGCAUUAACUGGAGGUUGUUCAAGUUCUAAAUACAAACUUGCCUCUUCCUAG